AUGCAGAUUCUCUCCGCCAUUACGUGUCUGGCCGCGAUCUCCGUAGCAAGUCAUCACGACCUGCCAGCGAUCAAGGAAGGCGAGCACAAGGUUCACAAAACGACCCUAAGCCAGUCUACGUCUGAUAUCGACGCUGAGAUUACUUCUCGACCAACCCAUAUGCUGAAGGGUGCCAGCAAACAAGUUGACUCCAUGUGGGACAGCGUGUAA